GUUGACUCAUAACGACAUAAACUGUUGUUUGCAGUAGCAACCACCGCUCUGAUAUGAAUGAACACGUUAUAAAAAAAGGGUAAAUAUGUCGACUUUGCUGGAUGAGACAGCAGCAGAUAUGCCUGUCAGAGACAUCACCGUGAACCUGUCCAAAGCUGUAGCAGAACCCUCAGGUUAUCCAAAUGCUCGGGCGCGACAGGAUAUUUUACGCAUGUCCAGAGAGGAGCUGGAGGACAGGUUCCUUCGCCUACAUGAGGAGACCCUACAGCUUAAACAGCAUAUUCACAAACAAGAUGACAAGAUUAAAAAGCUAGGCACCAAGCUGAUGCGGCUGGUGAAGGAUCGGGGUCGGAUGGAGCAGCUGGCAGCAGGGAGUGCCCAGCCGGUAUCCAGGGUGCGGGACGUGGAGAUGGAGGAGAUGAUAGAGGAACUCCAGGAGAAGGUCCGGGCACUUCAGGCUGAGAAUGAGGGACUGAAACAGCGGCUAAUUGUGGCUAAGCAGCAGCUUAUCAACUCCCAGAGCAGGAGACCAUCACCUUAUGGCCACAUACCUUCACGAGUCAACUCAGGCUUAAAGAAGCUGCGAGACAACACAUCCUCUCCUCAACCACGCCCAAAAAGUACCCGGAGUUUGGAGGGAGCUGGGAGGCCUCCGACUGGUGCCUUGCCUCGAUAUGGACACAGUCUGUUAGAGGAGGCAAGGGCAGAGAUACGCAAUCUAGAAAAUGUAAUCGAGUCCCAGCAAAACCACAUCGAGCAGUUGGAGGGAACAUCACAACAACUGCAAGAUGAACUUAGGAAGAAAGAGGAACAAUAUGAAGAGAGACUUCUGCAGGUCCGGCAGCAACAGACCUCAAAUCUGAGGUCCCAUGUCAACAGCAACGUGACAAUGAUCAAACUGCAGAAGCAGCUGGCUGACAGGUCUAAUGCCAUAUUAGAGCUCGAAGGUCGAUUUCUGCAAUUGCAAGAGAGUCAAAAGACACUGAGGGCUAGUCAUGAUGCAGCGAUGGUGAAGGUGGACCAGCUGUCAGCUGAGCUGAAAGAUGAGCGGCUAAAGAACCUGGAACUAGAAAAGAAGCUUCAGAGUUCAGCCAUAUCCAACAUAAAGAUGGAACAGUUGCAGGAACAGAUCAUUGAACUAGAGCAAGAGAGGGACCUGCUGAAGGAGAACAAUGAGAAACUGGUGAACAGUGCUUUUGAUGUAUCACAGCAACAGAAGUGGCACAUUAAGGAACAGCAGCUAAAAUUACAGAUUGCUCAGCUGGAGACAGCACUGAAGGCUGACCUUGUGGACAAAAAUGAAAUCCUUGACAAAAUCAAGGCUGAGAGAGAUUCUAAUGAGAAGCUGACAGAAGAAAAUAAAAAACUUCAUAUUCAGUUCUUCGAACAAAAGCAGCAGCUGGAUGAUCUUAAUAACCGCUUGAAGUUUUACAGCAAAGAGAAUGAGUAUGACAUGGCUGAACUCACAGAGGCACUACUGCUCAUUAAAAUGCGUAAAUCCCAGAGCAGUGGACAGCUGGCCUUCCUGAAUGAGGUGGAGGAGGGCGCGAGUAACAAAGAGAGCAUCAUCCGAGAGCUUCGAGCAGCUCAUGCUGAAACCAUCCAGGAGCUGGAAAAGACCAGAAACAUCCUCAGCAUGGAGAGCAAGAUAAGCAAAGACUACAAGGCGGAGCUGGAAUCUGUCUUACAAAAGAUGAAUAGGGACAAAACUGAGUAUGAACAGAGACUGGAACGUCAGGCCCAGCUGUUGGACACCAGGGCAGCAAAGAUCAAGAAACUAGAAGCUCAGCUCAGAGACAUUGCCUAUGGCACCAAAGCCUACGUCUUCAAACCAGACAUUACUGAUGAAGAUGAAGCUGAUGAGUUUGAUGAAACGCUUUGGCUUGAGCGUGGAGAGAACAUUCUUGAACUUCAGAUAGUCAGUGCCACACUGUCUCCAUCUGCCCUGGAGACUCUGGGGGAUUCUGAACCCUCCACUUUCUGUACCUACUGCUUCUAUUUGUUUGAACUGCACUCUACUCCAGUGGUGACAGGCCGAAAACCUAAAUAUGGGUUCACAUCUAAGUACAUGGUGAGCAUGGAUGACCAGUUCCUCGACUAUCUUCAUAGAGGCUCAGUCACUGUUGAGCUGCAUCAGGCGCUGGGGUUGGACUGGAAGACGCUUGCGACCGGACAGCUUCGGCUGCAGCAGGUUCUGGAGCAAGAUGGCAAAGCUCACGGGACCAUACCCCUAGUUGGUCUGUCUGAUAAUGUGAGGUCUUUUGGCUCUGUGGAUUACUGGUUGAGGCUGAGGAUUCCCAUGACAGAAACUAUCCUUUUGUUUAAAGAGAAGGUGAAGGCCAUGGGCUACAUCAGCCCCGCACUGAACGAGGACGGACAGCUACAGCCGCCCAGCAGUGAUUGGAAUGAACUGUGUAUCACAGUCCAACGUUGUGGUGACCUCCAGUCCAGAAACUCAGAGCUGCCAAGCCCCUAUGUGGUCUACAAGUUCUUCGACUCCCCUGACUACCCCACAACAACUGUUAAUGACUCCUCUGACCCCCAGUUUAAUGACCUCAGGACGUACUCUGUCCUGAUGGACAUGGAACUGGACCAUUACCUGAAGUCAAACGUCCUUCGGUUUUAUGUGUUUGACUACAAAGAGGAGCAGAUGGAUACGUACCUGGGCAAGGCCAAGGUUCCUCUGCUGUCACUGGCAAAUGAUAAGGCCAUUACUGGUGUGUUUGAGCUGAUUGACCCAUCUGGACUCCCCUCUGGACAUAUUGAAGUCACACUAAAGUGGAAGCUGACUUACCUCCCUCCACCAGGAUCAGCCAUCCCUGCUGAGGAGCCUAAAUUCAUCACUAAAGUGAAACACGAUGAGGAAAAUGUGGAACCAAAGCAAGAACAGCAAAAUGUGGAGGAAGUGAGGAAAGACAACCUGGUAACAGAUGAACAUGUUAAAGAGGGAGAGCAAAAUGAGAAAGAAGCCAAGGCCCUUUUUAACCUUUCUACUGGACACCAUAAUGUUGCUGCCUCUAAAGCACCGUUACCAAAGCUCAGGCAGAAGACACGAGUGAAGGAGGGACCAGCUCCCAAAAAAGUCACAUUUACAGAUGCAACUGCUGCUGCUAAAGAGAUUGUCUCAGGAGCUCCAGCACCUCAAAACACUACAGUGGAAGAGGAGGAGGAGGAUGAAGAGUCUCACUUUUCAGAAGGUCAGCUGGUCGCACCAAGCUCCCAGUCUUACUCUGACGAUUCUGAUGAGAUCUCUGAGGAAAUUGUCCAAGAUGUCAGCGAAGCCCCAGCAGCCAAAGAGGAUCAGAGUGAAUCGACUGAGUCUGACAGCGAUGACUGCAUUGUUCAUGAACAGGCCACGGGGAGGAAGCCCUCUGAGCGACUGCAAGUGGAGAUUAUGUCUCUGAGUCUGAGGCCGGAGUCGAGGGUGGCCCAGGACGACAGCGUGGUGCGUUUGUUUGUGGAAUACUCCCUGUUGGAUUUACCCACAGAGGAAACACCCCUGUCCCUGCCUAAACCUCCACAGGGCAAAAGCACCAACUACAACUACAGCAAAGUCAUUCCUGUGGAUGCUGAAAACAACUGGGAGAGACGUCAGCUGCUGAGGGGAGUCCUGCAGGGUCGAAACCCUCAGAUGGAAAGAAUCCGCUUCACCUUGGUGAGCGAGCCACCAGAGGAAGAAGAGCAAGAGAGGGAGUGUGAAGAUGUGGGUGUGGCAUUCCUCAGGAUCUCUGAAAUCCUAGAAAAACAGCAGGACCUGAUUGAGACCAAUGUGAAUGUGGUGGACGUGGAUGACAACAGCGAGGUGAUCGGUGUCCUGGUUGUGUCUGUGGAGGGACUGGAAGCCCUGCAGUCCAUCAUGAAGGACACAGAACAUGAGUGAACCACCGUCUCCUGAGGCAAAUACGCAGACACAAACACACCAGCAGAAAGUCCCUGAUGCUUCAAUAAUAUGACUCCUUAUAUGUUAGAUAAAACAUCCAGGGUCAGUUCCAGUGACCGUACUUGAAAAGUGAAUAGUGUUUUAAAAUGGCUAAGUCUUUACAUUAAGUAGACACUUCAGCAAAUAAUGUGCCCUUACACUGAACCUGUUUACAUGCAUGCCAAUACUCCGAUCAUUAUCCAAUUUCUGGAGUUGUCAGAUUUUUCAGGUGAUGUAAGUCAUAUAAACAGGAUAAUCUCAUAUGUUUCAUCAGAUAACGGCCAUUAUCUGAUUAUGAGAAAUCGGAUUAAAACACCUGGAUUUCCCCCCAGUACUCCGAUGUCUUCCUGCAUGUGCACAGGUUAAUCUGAUAUUUCAUGCUUUUACAUCUGCAGAUAUAUAAAAACAUUUAAAGUCAUAGAGAACGGAAGUUACGUAGUCAAACAUGAGCCAUGACUACAAGAAGUUUGAGUCUGCCAUCACUGUACACACAUGUGCGUUCUCCAAAAGGAAUCCUAUAAUGGACUGGAGGGUCUAAACCAGGGUUUUCGGUUGUUGCAUUUCUUAAGUGCAUGUAAAUGCAUCAGAUCUGAUUAUUACAAUUAUCUGAUUACUCAUAGUUAUCAGACUUUUAGGGUCAUUUAAGCAGGGUCACUGUCAUGACACGUGAGCAUUUGCAGCUGUUCAUGUAAUAUCUAACAUUUUUCGAACCACUAAGCACAAAACUGAAGACAUGGAGAGCUAAAAACAUGAGGUAAAAACUGUUCCAUGUUUUUAGAUGUUAGUUGAUCAACAUUUUUGAAUGUAACUGAGUUCUUGCCAGCCAAACAUUUGUCAUUUUGUCCAAAAAGGGACUAUGUUGGCUGAUGAAUGGCUGCCAUGUGGCAGUCUUAGUAAAAGUUGAAAGUUGAGGCAGAAAAUGUAAUACUUGAAGUGUAAAGAAUAUUGUAUCUCCAUGACAACACAGCUGAGGUCUGUUUCCUAAUACAAAUCUCAGUACAUGUACUUAACUUAUGAACAUAUGUUGAUAAAAUGUACAGUAGAUGCCUGAAUUCUUUAUUUUUAAAAUGUGAAUAUAAUUUAUAGUUUUCUUGUGUUAAUAGAAAGCUGUUAUUUAAAGUAUAUGAGAUUUCUUAUUAGAAGGGACUGUGACUGUUGAUGUGAUUUUUUACUAUAGCUAAGGUUUGUACUGAAGUUUUGGCUGUGAGUGAGUCUGUUAGUCAGUCUCUUACGACUGUUCUCUUUUUUAAUAAAUUAAUUCAGUUGUUUUUGGCAAAAACCUUCGAAAUGUGCCUUAAAUGUGCUGUACGAUGCUUUGUAUUGUACACUAAUAAAGAGUUUUUUAUCUGUAUAU